CGGGCGGGGCGACUUCCGAUCGUGGGGCUCACCGGGCGCGCAGGUUGUUGCUGAAUUUAGUGGAGGUAGAACUAAGGAGCAGAAGUGAAGCAUGUUAUCAGCUUGAUGGCUCAGUUGGAAACUCCCAACAACCUCCACGCUUGUGCUGUCUUGGGUGUCCUGUGUCUUUGGGAACAGGAGGACCCAUGUGGAUGUUGCCUGUGCUUGUGGAAGACGGUGUGAGAGAAUGGAUUUAGCAGAGUCAGUGCAGCUUAGUGGUGCCUGAUGAGUGGUGAUUAACAAGCAGUGUUGGAUUUGUACUGUGUUGAGGACUGGUUGCUUCAGUUGCUUCUCAAAUUGCCUCCCAUUUAUUUUAGUACAGCUCUUCUGCCACUCUUUCAUCUGUCACUUGUUCUUUAGGAUUAUUCUCCAAAAAGUGUAUUCAAAUCCCAGAGUCCACUGCAGCAAGAAAGAACUGUCAGCAAAAACUCGGCAAGUCUUACUGCUUCAGGCUAAGGAGGCAAUCAAAGUAGAGGGCAGGAUGUCGGAGCUGAGUGAUGAAGCCAGUGAGUCGGAGCUGCUGAGCCGCAGUCUGUCCAUGUGGCAUGGGGUCGGUCAGAUGAUCUGUCGGGAAGAGCUGGAUGUUCCCCUGGACUUGCAUACGGCCUCCUCUGUUGGCCAGUAUGAAGUGGUGCAGGAGUGUAUUCAGCGUGGCGAUCUGGAUUUAAAUAAGAGGAACUGUGGUGGUUGGACUCCACUGAUGUAUGCCUCCUACAUUGGCCACGACACUGUUGUGCACCUGCUGCUGGAAGCAGGAGUGAAUGUGAACAUCCCAACACCAGAAGGGCAGACACCUCUCAUGCUGGCCUCCAGCUGUGGAAACGAAAGUGUUGCUUACUUUCUUCUACAGCAAGGCGCAGAGCUGGAGAUGAAGGAUAUUCAUGGUUGGACUGCCUUAUUUCACUGUACCAGCGCCGGACAUCAGCAGAUGGUCAAGUUCUUACUGGACAAUGGGGCAAACGCCAACUGCAAGGAGCCAGUGUAUGGAUAUACGCCUCUGAUGGAAGCAGCUGCUUCUGGCCAUGAGAUAAUUGUUCAGUACCUUCUCAAUCAUGGAGUGAAGGCAGAUGUCAGAGAUAACACUGGAGCCACAGCACGGACACUGGCCAUGAAGUAUGGACAUACAAAGAUUGUAGGGCUGAUAGAUUUGCACGCAGCCCCAGUGCCCAAGGUCUUCUGCAGGGGUCCAGGAAAAUAUGAAGAGCUGAGUUCCUCAGAUGAAUCGUGUUCUGCUCCCCAGAGACAGAGACCUCUUCGUAGGACCAAGGGUCCCAGCAUCCAUGAUGGGCCCCAAGCUUUGGCUAAGAUAACAGCAGUUGGAAUUGGGGGAAAGAAGCAGUCUCGCUAUGAGCAGGUCCCUCCUCAGGGCUACGUUACCUUCAAUGAUGAUGGCAGCUGUGAAGCAGAGGAUAUCCGGAACCGGGAUGUUACUUCUCCAAUUAAUGAGCAGGAUGUGGAGAGCAGCAGCAGCAGGGAGGAUAACGUUUUCUUCACCAGGAACUUAGCAGCCAUCAGGAGCAGCAGCAGCAGCAGUGAAUGCCUGGCCAAAGCCCUGGGAGUCAGCAGUGAAGGCUCCUUGGAAAGCAAUGAGGAUUCUGACCACGCAAACAGUCCCCCUAGUCGGAAACAAGCCAAGAGCUUUAAGAUCAAGAACCGCUACAGCAAUAGUGAUAGCCAGUGGACCCACUGCCCCGGGAAAGCCGGGGGCUCUGGUCAGCACCUAAUCCUUCCUGAAUCCCCUGCCUAUACAGGGCCCCAGGACCUGGCAACAUUCCUGGAGCAGAUUGGAUGCCUGAAGUAUCUGCAAGUGUUUGAGGAGCAAGAUGUUGAUCUCAGGAUCUUCCUGACCCUCACAGAGAGUGAUCUGAAGGAAAUAGGCAUCACUCUGUUUGGACCCAAGAGGAAGAUGACUUCUGCCAUUGCCCGAUGGCACAGCAACGCGCGGCCGCCCAGUGAUGCCCUGGAGCUGGCCUAUGCGGAUCGACUGGAGGCUGAGAUGCAGGAACUGGCCAUUCAGCUGCACAAGAGGUGCGAAGAGGUGGAGGUGAUGAAGGGCCAGGUGUGCCAGGAGCAGAAGCUGCGUGCAGUGGCUGAGAGCUGUUUGAUGGAGCGGGAUGAGACCUGGAAUGCUAUCCAGUGCCAGCUCAGAGAGGUUCAGGCCAUCACCAAGGAUGCUGGAGUCCUGCUGGGUCAGAUCAAAUCCUGUCAAGCAGAGCUGUCCUCCCGGCUAACCCAAGAGCAGGCAGUCGGCAGAGUGCUGGACACAAAGGUGCAGCUGGGAACCGGUGAGAGCAGGCGGCCUGGUGAGCGCCCGGUGCUGGAAGGAUGGCCACCUUCCUUGAAGUCUCUGAGCUUGCCUGAGCUGUCAGCUGUCCUAGAGGAGUGUGUGGGAGAAAUGGGAAAAGCUCUGCAGACUGUGACUCAAAACCUCCAAAGGCUCCAAGCCCCGGGCCAGAGCGGGCAGAGCUGGCUAGAACCAUAACAAAGCAGGAGGGAAUACUGACGUCGGGUGACUGUUCCACCCGGAAGCUGAGUGUGCCUGGGAGAAUGAGCGCGAGGGCCGUGCUGGCGGUACCGCAGCGCUGCUGAGAGUGCCACAGCGGCCGGCGGAUGCGUGGAAGAAGGUCUCAGCCAUCAGAUAACGUGCCUGGGAGAACGAGGGACAGCAGAAGACAGCGACCCAGCAGCAAUUUGGACCUGACUGUUGUCUGAGUUCCCAGGAUCAUUGUUCAUGCCGAAAGGUUAAGAGGAGAAGCACCAAGCCUAGAAGUUUUAUUUGCCUUAAGCUUCCUGCAGCCCUUGUCAUUCAGGGCUGUGUGGUGUUAGAAAGCUGUUAUCCACAGCGAUCAAUUAUCCUUUUCUGUAUCCUAUCCUUCCCAAGGCCUUGCCCCAGCCCCUUCUAUGCCAUGAGGAUUGCUUAGGAGUUGACCCAAAAAAAUUUAUCUGGGGCAAUAAGGAAGGCAGGUUUAUUGUGGAUGGGUAAAGUGAGUAGAGUUUGUAAUGUCUGGCUUAUUGAGCUGCAGCAGAACUCACACAGUCCUCAUCUCUGGCAGGACCGUUUGCCUUCCUGCCAUCCCAAAUCUGUGCUUCAAAACCUUUUUCUCCAACCAGCCCACCCUGCUUCAGUUCAGAUUCUUGUCCCCUUCAGAGGUUGUUUGCAAUCAUGUUAUUCAGUCCCAAAGAACUCGGUUUUGUGGUAAAUACUUUAUGGCAGAGACUCUUGGUCUGAUUUGUCAGUGCCAAGACCCCAACACUGACAGCGGUUGCAAGGCAGAUGCUCCUCUGGAAGGACAUGAGAGAAAACAAAAAGCUUGAAACUGUUCAGUCUCCUGUGCCUCGGGCAAGCAGCAGCAUGCCAAGACAGGCAGGGCAAGAACGGAGGGAGAGAUCUGUCCCACGUGGGAGAUGGGCAAAAGAAAUCACAUCCCAGAUGCAGCUGUGCUGCAAAGCUUUGGUCCUCAACCACUGCCUGCCUUUGAUUUCCAAGCCUUAGCAUUUGGAAAUAGUUCUGCCAGGGCAUUCUUGUGUCGGUGGUGUGGGCACUUUCAAAGGGCAGGCAAAUAGUGCAGGAAGAUGCUGCCUCCCCAGAGAGAGAGACUGCUCUGUCUCUUGGAGCUGGGUGAGCAGCCACAAGGGCUUGUGGUGGUUCUGUUGAUGUAAAAUAGUUUCCAGUGAGACUAUUCCUGCGUAUUGCCAAGUCCCGUGGGGUGAAAAAAAAAACCCAGCAAACAACAAAACCUGAAGUCUGAGUGCGAUAGCCUUCACAAGUCUGGGAAAGUAUUUUGGGGAAGAGGAAGAAACUCUGUGUUCCUUCUGAUUUUUGGACCUUGAUCACAGAUGCUGAAACACAAAAAUCCAGUCUGGCUCCAUCCUUGGAGCUUGUCACCCCUUCUCAUCGGCGGCUUGAGACUAUUUAGGCAGGCUUGAGAGCCAGUCUGCAUUUAUUUGGAAAAGGUGACAUCUGGUUUGAUGGCCCCACUGAGCUGGUGUCUCUCUGCUUUCUUGGGGCACCGAGGCAGGUAUGGCCCACAGACAUGAACCUGCCCUGCUGGCAGCCUCUGUGCUUGGCAGCAUGCUCAGCUGGGGGGGGCUGCUUGCUACUCGUGUUUAACUCCUAGCACACACACUAUUUUUUCAUCUUUAGCAAAUGACAUGCGUGUAUGCACCUGGUGUUAGCUGCACAGCACAGGCCCUUUCACCCUGAAGAUUUAGUUUUGGUGAGGUGGAGCCAGGUCUCCUAUGGCAGCAUCCCUGAAAGUUUCUCCAAGUGUUGAGGCUGUGCUGGGAAGAGUAUCUGGGGCUUUGUCCUUCAUUCCCUGCUGCUGGAGGAAGGGUGGGGAGUGCCGAGGCAGUUUGCACUGCCCUUUCCCUAGCCUUGGUCAUGUCUCUUUUCUACAGUCAUUCAGGGUUGUCAGUGUAUACCUUGGGAGCCCAGACUUGAAUUUAAAGCAAGAUGUCUGUGGGGAAAGAGGAAAAGUUUUCAUAGAAGCAAAAAAAAAAACCCCAAAACCUAAGUGAAAGGGCCUGGAAGCAUCUGGAGAGCAAGUGGAGCCCUGGCUCAGCACUGCAUUUGGGGCUGGGUAAGCAGUGCAGGAAGGUGGGUGGCUGGAAGAAGAGACUACACAGACCUGGUGCUGGCUUUGCUAGGUCCUGGGGUGGAAGAAAGGGGUUUUUUGGGUGGGUAAGGUUGAUACAUCACUGGAUUGUAAUGCUUGGGGCCCUGGAAAAAGGGGUAGGUGUACAGCAGUGUACGUAUGAAGGAAGGAAGUGCCCCACAGAAGAGGUGCUGCAGGAGCCCAGAUGUAAAGGCUUAAAGGAGUGCUAGAGUAGCCCAGGGGGGACACCAGGGAGGGGAUUUUAUAGACUAGUUUCCCCAAGGAGGCAGUUCCUUAAAGGAAGGAGUUUAAACAGCAUUCAUCGCUGAAAGGGUGGCUGUGCAGGCUGCAGGGAGUCUGGUGCUACCCUAAGGCAAGAUCUUCCAAUAAAAUAGUAUCUGCUGACUUGGAUAAAAUAAUAAAAACGGAAAACCUG